AAAAGAAAAAUACCAAAAUUCUUCUCUCAAUUGAAUGUAUCGACUCUACUCUCUCAAUCUCUCUCUUUCGUGCUUAUAACAAUUCUCCUCUCAGUCACUGCUUCAAUGGAGGACCCAACAAGCGACUAUGGCAGGCUCUUCAUGGACGACGCCGACCUCUACAACCGCAUUGUUCUCGGCUCCCUCUUGCCGCACACCUUCUGGGUCUCACUCCCUCGCUUCCUCCAAACAUGGCUCCGCAACUACAUUGGUGGCGUCCUUCUCUACUUCAUCUCCGGCUUCCUCUGGUGCUUCUACAUUUACUUUUGGAAGCGCAACGUCUAUCUCCCCAAAGAUUCCAUUCCGUCACGUAGAGCCAUGCUCUUGCAAAUAUCUGUUGCUAUGAAAGCGAUGCCUUGGUACAGUUUGCUUCCAACUAUUUCUGAGUACCUGACAGAAACUGGCUGGACUAAGUCCUUUCCCAGAAUAUAUAAUGUUGGUUGGGUUUCCUACAUUGUGUGUUUAGCAAUUUAUAUGACUAUUGUAGAGUUUGGUAUUUAUUGGAUGCACAGAGAACUGCAUGACAUAAAACCACUCUACAAAUAUCUUCAUGCUACCCAUCACAUCUACAAUAAACAGAACACUCUCUCCCCAUUUGCUGGUUUGGCGUUUCACCCUCUUGAUGGGAUCCUUCAGGCACUACCGCAUAGCCUUGCUCUGUUUGUUGUCCCAAUCCAUUUUACUGCACAUUUAGCCCUCAUAUUCAUUGAGGGUAUUUGGACUGCAAACAUUCAUGAUUGCAUUCAUGGAAAAGUGUGGCCUGUUAUGGGUGCUGGUUACCACACCAUUCAUCAUACCACUUAUCGGCAUAACUAUGGCCAUUACACCAUAUGGAUGGAUUGGAUGUUUGGGACACUUCGCGACCCCGAGGAGGAUGAAGACAAGGCGAUGUGAUGUGUUAAAUUGCAGACUUGCAUUGACAUUGAUGCUCUUCAUUGGUUAUCUUGUCAAAAUGUGGUUCUUGGCCAUGUAAAGCAUAAAGGUUGUGUUCACUGUAUUUUUUUCUUGUGCCCAUCACAAGGUGAUGUUAGAAAUUAGAGAGACAGGGUUAAAGGGGGGAGGGGGUUCCCUGUAUCUGAUUCAAUGUUUACUGUGUAUACCACAGCUUGUGUGGUUGAGAUUAAUUUCUUUCUCAAAUUGUGUGGUAGAGUUUGAGAUGAUAAUGCAGUUUUCUCCAUGAUGCCAGGUUUCAAGGUCUCA